UGGUAACUUAAGGUGACCUUGCGCAUGCAUUGUGUUGAAGGGUCCGGGUACCAGCAUAUGCGCACCGAGCACAAACAUUUCACAUGGGAAUGCGCACAGCUUUUUUUUUGCAGACGACAUCUGGCAACAGAAGCGGGUGGACGUGUGUAACGUGCAAAAUGAUAUCAAAAUGACAUGUUUUUGAUAUCUGUGUUUAUACCGAGAUAUAGGCCUAGAGAUUGUUCAUAUCAGAAACAGCAACAUGGUGAAGAACACAUCGCUGUACGUGCGAAUUGGAGAGGCGAAGGACCUGCCAGGAAAAGACCUCAUAUCUCGAAGCAGCGACCCCUACUGCUUGAUCAAGAUUGACAAUGAGGUUGUUGCAAGGACUGCCACUGUCUGGAAGACUUUGACACCGUUCUGGGGCGAGGAGUACUUUUUCCAUCUUCCCGGAGGCUUUCAAAAUCUCUCAGUUUACGUCUUUGAUGAAGAUACGGUCAGUGAAGAUGAUAUCAUCGGCAAGGUGUCAGUGGAUAAAGAAAUCCUGCAAAAAACCGCAAGAGGUUUAGAGAAAUGGCUCCAACUGGUCAAGGUGGACCGAGAUACCGAGGUGCAGGGGGAGAUCCACAUUGAAGCCACUUUGCUGGAAGCUGAAGGAGGUCGCAAGAACCUCAAGAUUGAACUGCUAGAAGCAAGGGAUCUGGCUGUCAAAGACAAGACGGGGUCAUCCGAUCCGUUUGCAAGAUUAACAUUUGAGGAGCAGAAAUUUGACACGAGGACCAUCAAGAAGACACGUUUCCCCAGAUGGCACGAGACGUUUACCCUGACACUACCCGAGUCACUAGAGGGCGCUGUUGUUGACAUCACGGUGUGGGAUUGGGACCGGGUGGGGGAUGACGACUUCAUGGGGCGCGCGUCGUUGACGGUGUCGGAACUUCCCGUUGGGAGGACGGUGCGACGGUGGCUGAGACUGGACCCCAGGCCGGAGAAAGAGAGAGACUUGGAGGCGAGCAAGAAUCUGGGGUCCAUACGCAUACGAGCCCGUUACAGCGAGGAGAGAAUCCUACCGUCUCAGUAUUAUCAGCCCUUAGUGGACCUGCUUGUUGAAUCUGUACAGGACACCGAGUGCCGUUCCACUCCACUGAGCAUGCUCGAAGAGGUCAUGACCCUUGACCGAUUGGAGAUAGCCACAACAUUGGAUAAGAUCUUCCUAGGCCAGGGCAUGAUUCUACCCUUCCUGGAUGUCUUGAUUCAACAGGAGCUCCGACAAUCAAGUAAGUUUGAAUACAAUGUACAAAAGAUCAAGAAUAUCAUGCUCAAUGUCAAUUUACAUGUAUUUACAAGAGAUGGCCACAACAUUGGAUAA